GUCAAAUUACUGUAACCUUUUCCGGUUAUUUUAUUAUUCGUAUUCGUAAUCUUUAGCCAGUGUAUUUGAUUAAGCUAGAUUAUUCAUUCGUAAUUCGGUGUUGGUGUUUAAAUAAUGGGCCUUAAAGAAGCAGUUAUUUAUCUAGACAAUCAAUUGAACACAUAUUAUGCCGGCCAAACAAUAAAUGGAAGGAUAGAAUAUGUUUUCGAUAGUCCCAAAAAAGUUCGUGGUAUCCAUGUCAAGUUCAAAGGCGAGGCCCACACAGAGUGGCGUGAAAGUAAAGAACAGCAAACAUCCGAUGGGAAAACUGAGAACACUGACGAAGUACACACAGGCAACGAGGAGUACUUCCAAAUAUCUUACUAUUUACUUGGAAGCAAUACUGGUAACGAGAUAGAAGUGCCAGCAGGCAAGCAAGUGUACAGCUUCACAUGCGCCCUGCCGCCCGUGCUACCAUCCUCUUUCGAGGGGGAAUUCGGAUACGUCCGAUACACUGUCAAGGUGACCCUUGACCGUCCGUGGAAGUUUGACCAAGAGACCAAGAUGGCUUUUACCGUUAUCAACGCUUUGGACCUUAAUCUCAAUCCAUCUUACCGGGAGCCAAUCCGCAUGCAGAUGGAGAAGACAUUCUGCUGCUUCUGCUGCGCGUCCCCACCGCUGUCCGUGGAUAUCCAAGCCCCGGUGUCCGGUUACUGUCCGGGACAAGUGAUCCCUGUGUCCGUGGACAUUGAGAAUAAGAGCAAUGUGCAGUUACAUUUGGUUAAACUGUUUUUAAGAAAGGUCGUGACAUACCGAGCGACUUCGCCAAGCACAGCCACAAAGAAAUGCAAAGAAGUGGUGCUAACGGUCCAAGAGGGCCCCGCGCCGGCCGGCUCGACCAAACACUGGGAUAUGCGGCUCGAGAUACCCCCGAUACCGCCCUCUAACCUCGUCAAUUGUAGCAUUAUCGACUUGGAUUACGAUCUGAAGGUGGAGUGCGUAGUAUCGGGUCUGCACACGAACCUGAAGGACCGCAAGUACGUGACCAUCGGCACCGUGCCGCUCAUGGGCGGCCCGCCGCCCUCCGCACCACCUGCGCCGGUCCCUUCGUCUCCCGGCCAGCCCGCCGUGCUGCCGCUCGGCCCCGGGGAGAUAGCGCAGCCUAAUGGCCCGCCCGGAGGAGACGCGGCCGGCGGCUGGCUGCUGCCGGGCUCCGGGCCCGCGGCACCUUAUCAGUCGCUCUACCCUACUCUUUCCAUGCCAGUAUACAAGGAGUCCGCGUACACAGCGCGUACUAUCCAAGACCGCGGCGACAACAACCACACUCGGAUCGCGGGCCCGGCCAACUUUGCCCCGUUCUACCCGACCUACGCGGCCGUGCAGCCACCCCCGCUACCUCAGUAGUUUUUUAGGCUGAUUCUGAUAAUAAUUUUCCGAUUUAUAGGGAAGUUUCCGUUCGCUUGAUCACAGGGCGGACACGCCAUACAACAAAAAUCAUUUGCGUUUAUAUGUGUGCGCAGCACGUCUGUACAGUCGCCAUCAGAUGUAUCGGAGUGGCCAAGGUGCUCACAAAUAUCUGAACACGCCUCUAUUGUCAAGGCGUUAGAGCGCUUGUUCAGAUAUUGUGAACGCCUUGGCCGCUCCGAUAUAUCUGAUGGCGACUGUACACGCGUCAUUGUGUAUGUGUGGAUAAGUCGCUUUACUGAGAGGACGCCAGAAGUCCGCCAGAUUCAUGUUGUGACCAGUCGCGGGGUGAGGUAAUGCGAGUCGGGGCGGGGCGGUGCGUGGCCGUUCUGUAUGAUAAUACUAUUACUUAUUCUGUGGCUUUACCCAGGAUAAAAGACCGACAAAAUGGGGAAUCAGGGGCUCAGGGCCCAAAAAAAAAUUGCGGAACGCGUCCACAAAGCUAGUCAUAAAUAAAGAAUUGUUUAUUAGACAGGAUUCACAUGAUCUAGGUCAGCCUUUCUCAAAGUGUGCUCCGCGGACCCCCAGGGCUUCGCAAAGCUCCGGUAGGAUACUGGUAAUAAUAAGAAAAAAACCAGUUUUUCUAUAGGUAUGUCUGGUCCACAGAGCCGAACGAAAUUUUUUAUUUGGGGCUCCGUCAAAUAUUUCGCUUUCCAAAAGGGUUCCGUCACCAAAAAAAGUUUGAUAACUGAUCUAGGAAUUCUAGGUACUUAAAAGGGAGGAUGAUGGAUGCUAUUGCAAAAUAAAUCGGAAAAUUAUUGUUAGUAUCUAGUUUUGGAAAUAUGUGACGUUCCCACGGUAAAGGUACCUUAUGGCGGUUCACGCUUACGCUAUUAUUAACGCCGCUCCAAUAUUAUUGCGGCGCUAUGCGACGUAAGCGCCAGCCGCCAUAAGGUACCUUUUGCCGUGGAACGUCACAUAUUACUGGAUCACAUCUUUCUAAAGGCUGAUUUAGACGAUGCGAGAACUCGCAUGCGAGUUUUGAUUGGUCGGUUGAAUUGGACGUAACCAACAGUCCGCAAUGUAACUAAAAUCGCAUGCGAGUUCGCGCGCCGUCUAAAACAGCCCUAAUUAUAAAAUUUACUCGUAUUUACAAAAAGCUUUUCGAUAUAUUUACAAACUUAGUGUAACGUAAUAUUUAAGUGAAUGCUAUCGUGGUUUACUAACAAAUAUUUUGCAAAUAUUGUGGCGCUAAAAUUUUACCAGAGAAUCUCUUUUGCUAUAUUCGGCUGUUGAACGAAAAAUCAGUUUUUAUAGAAUCUCGGUGCAGCUGAAGUAACAAAAUAUUGCCAUUCCUAAGUGCUUUUUGGCAUAUAUUUAGGCACUUUAUCUUAUUGACAACUGAUGCUUCCGUCCUAAAGCACAAUGCAAAGCGUUUAUUAUAAAUUGAAUUAACCUAUUAGUAUUAUUUUGGAUUUGUAUUUUCUAAUAUAAUAUGGACAUUAUUCUUGUUUACUAAUAUUAUUUCAAAAGACAAAUAUACAGUGUUUAAUAACU